GGCGUGAUGGCGCUAAUUGAACGAGCGGCCAAGUCAAGAAACUUAACCGAGGCAAAAUGGGCCCAGGCGUGAUUGGUUGAGAAUGGGAGAGAGAUCCUGUGAGAUCUAGCCGGGCAAAUGACGCACUUGUGUUUUUGGUAUCUGUGCUAGGAUCUCCCUGCUUUCUGUGGCAUUUGCUAUCUAAGAGUCUGAGUUGUGCUCGCCCUGGUUCAGCAAUAGCAUACUAUUUUGGUAUGUUGUUGCCUUGAUUUCGAACAUUAGAUCAACGCAGCAUAAGGGAGGAAAGACAAAACAUCAUGUUAAAAUGGUAUCAGGCCAGGUUGGCGAAGCGGCCGCUGCUGACUCAAGCUCUCACAACGGCGGUUUUGUUUGGCGCUGGUGAUACCCUGGCUCAACAAGCGGUCGAGAAGAAAGGCUUCAGAAACCACGACAUCACUCGAACAGGACGAAUGGUUCUUUAUGGCGGAUGCGUCUUUGGACCAGCAGCCACGAAGUGGUAUGGCUUCCUUCAGAAGCGUAUAAAUCUUUCGUCGCACAAUGCGACUAUUGCCGCGCGAGUAGCGGCUGAUCAGACCGUGUUUGCGACGUGCAACCUUGCAUUCUUUCUGUCGAGCAUGGCGGUAAUGGAAGGAAGCGAUCCGAAGGAGAAACUCGAGAAGAGUUAUUGGUCAGGGCUCAAGGCAAAUUGGGCUAUCUGGCCAGCUGUGCAGGCCGUCAACUUCAAGUUAGUGCCUCUGGAACAUCGGGUCCUGGUUGUGAACGUUGUCAGUCUUGGGUGGAAUUGUUUCUUGAGUUAUUUGAACAGCUCGUAGUGAGCCAGCGGCAUUCGGGAUCAUUGUGUUUGCGUGUACAGGAACGCGUCUUCAGUUGAGAUGGACAUACCACCCGCAUCAGUCAAGUUAUCGAGAAAUUGGACAUUUGAGAAUAGGCAAGAAACAGAACGACAGUCUGGCCAACGCAGUUGAAUCAGGAAGUGUGAUGUAGAAGAGAAGGCAUGUAGAACCAGGAUAUGAGUGCCGACUCAACCCGCAGGAUGAGGGAACAGCCAGGUAAAGCAAGCUAAGCCGCAUCUGGAUUCAUACCAGACGUCGGGAUUUUCUACAAACGGUUCAAAAGUUCGAC